AUGGCACCUCCAGUGCCGGUUUACUCCAAGGAGGAAGUAGAGACGAUGUUUAGUGGUGUUCUGGUUGACUCACCUGCGAAACCAAGAAAGGACUGCGAUCUAUACUCCAUCACCCAGAACCAAUGCACUUUCAAUGGAACAGAGGUGAUAUGUUUGCCAUUCAAACGGCUUUUCCAGCGAUGCUUAAUAGGAGCCAUAUCGGAAAAGUCUAAAAGUACGAGAGACCGCAAAGUUGAGAUAGAAAGCUGGCCUACUGACAAAGCGGAUGGAAGAUACAUCAACAUUGAGGUUACCACAGCCAAGGACAACGACUAUUUGUCCAGUCAGGGCCAGGCGGCUGUUAAAGGGGAUAUUUUGAAACGGUUUAUGGCUGCAGACGAGGUGUUACGUUUGAAAUUUGAGAAAGAGUAUGGAGAUGGGUCUGGCUAG